ACAAGAGAGAAGUUCUUCAAUAAAGUUAAAUAAAAAAAAUGACAACGAAAUUGGUCGUAUCCUGUUUAUUGCUGGCAUUUGCCAUAUCGGCUUGUCAAGCUGCCAAAUUGGAUACUGCCUUAUAUGCUCGCUAUGUUUGCCGUUCUAGAAAUGAUGAUUUCAAAACCCUCGUACCCGGUAGUUGUUCGAAAUACUAUCAAUGUCAAAAUGGUAAAGCAAUGGUCCAAACUUGUCCUUAUUUCUUUGAUCCCCUGAACAAAGAAUGUGUCACCAAGAAUCCUGGUUGUGUGGAGACCCUAAAGACAAAACAGGAUUGCGAAGGUCCCUGUUGUGGCAUUUCAGAUGGCGGUUAUGCUGUGGAUCCCAAUAAUCAAACUGUAUAUUAUUUAUGCAAAAAUAAUUGUGUGGCCGAGAAGAAAUGUUGUCCAAAAGGUGAAAUGUUUGAUUUGAUAAAAUUGGAAUGCAGUUCACCAUCGACUUGCAGCGAUUGUACAACACCUAAGCCACCAUGUAAGACAACGCCAACAACUACAACACCAUGUACUACAACUAAAAAACCUUGUGAGCCAACUACAACACCUUGUACUACAACAACGUGUAAAUCAACUACAACCACUUGCACCACAACUACUUGUACCACAACAACUUGUACCACAACUACUUGUACCACAACAACUUGUACCACAACUACUUGCACCACCACUACUUGCACCACAACUACUUGUACCACAACUACUUGCACCACAACUACUUGUACCACAACCACUUGCACCACAACUACUUGUACCACAACUACUUGUACCACAACAACUUGUACCACAACAACUUGUACCACAACAACUUGUACCACCACUACUUGUACCACAACUACUUGCACCACAACUACUAGUACCACAACUACUUGUACCACAACUACUUGUACCACAACUACUUGUACCACAACAACUUGCACCACAACUACUUGUACCACAACUACUUGUACCACAACUACUUGCACCACAACCACUUGCACCACAACAACUUGCACAACUACCACAAAAGCACCCUGCAAGCAAACAACAAAACCCUCAAUAACUACCUGUACAACCACAAAAGCUCCUUGUACCACUACGAAAGCUCCCUGUACUACUACAAAAGCUCCCUGUACCACUACGAAAGCUCCCUGCAAAAAGCCAGCCAAUGAAACUCCCAAUGAUAAUAAACCAAUCAUUAAGGAUCCCUCUCAGUACAUUUUACCCUUACCAAUGACUCAAGAGGAAAUUGACUUUUACACACGCUAUGGCUGUUUAAAUAAAGAAGAAGGUCACCUUUUACCAUCCGUAAAGAAAUGCAAUGAAUAUUACAUUUGUCGCAACAACGUUGCCCUACCAGUAAGCUGUGGCAAAUUAUAUUUCAAUAACAAGAAGGGCAUUUGUGAUUUACCCGAAAAUACCAAUUUUGUAGCCUGUCUUUUAGUGGUUAUUACCAUUUCUUCUUGCCAAGCGGCCAAACUGGAUAAUGCCUUACUAGCCAGGUAUUUGUGUCGUUCUAGACCUGAUGGUUUUAAGACCAUUGUUCCCGGCAGUUGUUCACGGUACUAUGAAUGUCAAGGAGGAAAAACUUUUGUGAAACCAUGUGCUCGUUUCUUUGAUUUUACGAAACAGGCAUGUGUUGACAAUAAUCCUGGCUGUGUGGAGACUAUUAGACGAUUGCCGGAAUGUAACGGCCCUUGUUGUGGCAUUGAGGAUGGUGGUUAUGCUGUGGAUCCUAAAAAACCUCAGGCCUAUUAUCUGUGUAAAAAUAAUGUUGUAGAAAAGGAAAGCUUUUGCAAAGAUGGUAAAAUGUUUGAUUUAGUUAAAUUGCAAUGUGCUGUAGCAUCUGAAUGUGCUGACUGUACAACAUCUAAGCCAUGUGAGACUACCACAAAGAAGCCAUGCACAACAACUAAAGCUCCAUGCACUACAACAACUUGUACUACUACAACCUGUACUACAACACCUUGCACUACAACAACUUGCACUACUACAACUUGUACUACAACACCUUGCACUACAACAACUUGCACUACUACAACUUGUACUACUACAACUUCUACUACAACACCUUGCACUACCACAACUUGUACUACUACUACUACCCCAUGUACUACUACAACACCUUGCACUACCACAACUUGUACUACUACUACCCCAUGCACUACCACAACACCUUGUGUUACUAAGCCUCCUCCCUUAAUAUCAGGCAUACUGCUGGUUUUGGCGUUGUCAACCAGUCAGGCGGCCACAGUGAAUAACGAUCAACUAGCCAAAUAUUUGUGUCGUUCCCAUAAAGAUGGUUUCAAAAUGCUGGUACCCGGUAGCUGUUCCCAGUACUAUCAAUGCAAGGGUGAUCAAGCACUAUUGAAGACAUGUCCCAAUUUUUACGAUUCAGUGAAAGGGGAAUGUGUCACAAAGAAUCCUGGUUGUGUGGAGACCAUUAAAGUGCCAUUAACCUGCGAAGGUCCCUGUUGUGGUAUAAAAGAUGGAAAUUAUGCUGUGAAUGCCAAAAAUCAAGCAAUAUAUUAUUUGUGUAAAAAUAAUGCUGUAGCCGAAAAGAAAUGUUGUCCAGCUGGUGAAAUGUUUGAUUUGGUGUUGAAAAAAUGUAGCACACCAAAGGUAUGCCAUGAGUGUACAACGACUAAACCACCAUGUACUACAACGACCUGUACUACGAAGGCACCAACAACAUGUACAACAACCACUUGCACUACUACUCCUUGUACUACAACAACUUGUACUACAACUCCAUGCACUACAACAACAUGUACUACAACCACUUGCACUACUACUCCUUGUACUACAACUACUUCUACCACAACUACUUGCACCACAACUACUUGUACUACAACUACUUGUACCACAACCACUUGCACUACUACUACUUGUACAACAACCACUGGCACUACUACUCCUUGUACUACAACUACUUGUACCACAACUACUUCCACCACAACUACAUCUACCAAAACUACCUGCACCACAACUACUUGUACCACAACGACUUGUACCACAACUACUUGUACCACAACUACAUGUACCACAACUACUUGUACCACAACCACAUGUACCACAACUACUUCCACCACAACUACCUGUACCACAACUACAUGUACCACAACUCCUUGCACUACUACCACUUGUGCUACAGCAACAACUUCUAAAAAAUCCGCUGAUGCACACAAUUCUGCAGAAAGUAACAAACUACAAAAGAAUAUCGACAACUAUAUGAGUAUUGCCUGCAAUGACAAACCUAAUGGCUAUUUGUUAGCCUCCUUAACAAGUUGCAACGAAUAUUAUAUUUGCCGUAAUCGUCAAGCCUUGCGCGUUAGUUGUGGUAAACAAUAUUUCAACGCUUUCUUGGGUAUUUGCGAUAAACCUGAAAAUACCAAAUGUAAUCAAGCACAAUUUUCUUUGCCCUAAAUAAAAUAUCACAUAUGUUUAUCAUGAAUAAAGUAACAAAACUAAAACAUA